AUGAUUCAUCCCACGGUGUUGUACUUGACACUCAGCCUUGCGCUGCUGGUCAUCGCAGUAAUUGUUCAUGUUCGCAGCUCAAGCCUCUCUCUCGCCAUCUCCCCGGCUGUCUCCAUCAUCACGAUCAUUCUCCCCAUCGUCGGAUUCCUAAAUACAGCAUGCUAUCCUAGCUUCCGCCGCGCUACCAAGUCCUCUCCAAGUCGUGUGGCCCAACUUGGUCCGUUGGUCGUCCAAGUCCUGCAGGCACUCAUUACCACUAUCCUCGCAACACUACUCCUCGAGCGUGCGGUACCGUCUGACGUAACGAAUUGCAUGAUGGAAAAUCAAUGGAUGAGCUUGUUUCGUGCCCACGAUGCAGGCGGUAUACGCAGAAUUCAGGAUGCAUUUGACUGUUGCGGACUGAACUCGGUCCGUGACCGGGCGUAUCCGUUUCCUGGCACUGCGCCGAGUAACUGUGCUGCAACUUAUGGACGGAGAACAGCCUGUCGUGAACCAUGGCAAGGGGCUUUGCAGACCAUGGCACUGGCAGAUUUUGCUGUUGUCUUAGGUGUAGGACUGAUACAGAUGAUGGGUCUUUUUGUCGUCAGAGAAGGCGGGAACUGGCGCAAUGUCUGGGGAAUAAAUCGUUCCGGAGAAAGAAGCCAGCGCCACGAAAGUCGCCGACCGCUGCUGAUUGAUAGAGAAAGAGAUGUUAUUGACGAGGAAGAGGCAGAGCCUGAGCGGACAGAAAGGGAGUCCCAGGGCUACGGAAGUCUGAAUGUGAACGAGUCUGGCCCUAGAGUUGUACCUUCAUCUGUUGCGGAGCGAAACAACUGGACUGGUGAUUGA